AUGGCUGCGUUUGCUGCUGUGGUGGAACUUCUAUCGAGCGACGAGAGCAGUUCUAGCAGCAGCUCGUCCAGCUCAGACGAAGAAGACUGCGAAGAGACGCAGAUUGUCGGGUUUAUCGAGAACGUUGUGCGGCUGUACACAGACGAGGAGGUAAGCACGGAAGACCAUAUUUUCAUAAUACCAGAGAUACCUAAUUUUAUCUUUUUAUUAUUUGCUUCUCUGCAGUUCCGUCAAGACUUUAGGGUGUCGAGGUGUGUCGCGGAAACCUUGAUCCGUGGGUUUGAAGGCUCGCGUCACUACCCGUGCAGUGAUCGUGGUGGGUCCCCCUCGAAAACCGCGGAAGAGCACAUUCUGGUCUUCCUAUGGUUUGCCGCAAACAAGGCGUGCCUGAGGGACGUUGCUGGUCGCUUUGGGAUGGGAACUGCGACAGCGUUUAGAGUUGUGAAGCGCACACUCGAAUAUUUUGUGGACAUCGCAGAAGAAGUGAUAUCAUUUCCAGCAGACCUUGAUCAGCUGUCGGCGAACUUUCAACAAGUGUCAGGAGUGCCCAAUACGAUCGGGUGUAUCGAUGGAUCUUACAUCAGUAUCCGCUGCCCAGCAAAAAAGGUGCGUUCCACCUACGUAAACAGGCACAGUUACCUGUCCCUUACACUGCAAGCUGUGUGUGAUCACACAAAGAAGUUUCUCGAUGUUACUACUGGACACCCCAGCAAGAUUCACGACUCGAGAAUCUUCAACACAUCCAGGCUUGCUGCAAAGUUGCCUCGUGUGUGCUGUGCCGGGAAGUACCACGUUCUUGGGGACGCUGCCUACCCGCUUCGGGAUCACCUGAUAACUUCAUUUAGAAAUUAUGGUGACCCCGAUGCAAGGCAGCGUGCCUUCAACUACCACUUCUCGGCAACGAGGGUGAAAAUUGAGAACGCGUUUGGAGAUCUCAAGGCCAGGUUCCGCCAGCUGCUACACUUGGACUUCCUGUUUGUGGACAAAAUGAACAAGUUUAUAAUAGCUUGUUGUGUUUUGCACAACAUGUGCGUUAACUGUGGUGAUGUGGAUGUGCCACCCUACACCGAUGAUGGACAUUAAACGUGGGAAUGGGAGGCACAACCGGAUGACAUUCCCCCCAACAGUGGCCCUUUAGCAGCAACUGAAGCUGUGCUGCGUCGCCAAGGCGAGGAGAAGCGU